AUGUGCUGCAUCGAGACGCAGUUUGUCGUGCAGUGUUUCAAGGUCUACACCAAGUUUCACGGCAUCAACGACGAUCUGAAGAGGCUGAAGGACGAAAACCUCAACCGCUCCGAGUACCCGUUUAUGUCGUCCGCGGGCUCGUCGUCGCCGUCGCCGUCGCGGUCUGCCGUCGUGUACGACAAAGACUUUUAUCGUCCACGGUUCAUGAGCCACCCGACGGCCAACACGGUCGAGUUGCUCAGAAUCAAACACUAG